AUGGCUCAACUUAUCCCACCAUCUCACAACGCCCUCGUGGUGCGUCCCCACAUCCCCAUCACCUGUCAAGAGAGAGAAGAGGUCCUGCGAUCUGUUGAGUACAACGUGUUCGCAUUUCCGGCCGCACUUCUUACCUGUGACUUUCUUUCAGACUCUGGCACAUCGGCCAUGACGGAUGUUCAAUGGGCGGCCAUGCUUCGAGGGGACGAGAGCUACGGCCGCAACUCGGGAUACUAUUGCCUGCUCGAGGCCUUCCGAGACAUCUUUGAGCGCGAUGUUCUUGCCGGCACUGCCGAUGGCAUCUUUUACCGCCAGACAUUCCCGAAGGAGGUUGGCGGUGGGUUCGUCAACGGUGGCCCACUGCAGUUGAUCCGGCCAAACUUUUUCAUCCUCCCACAGGGGCGGUGUGCCGAAUCGUUGCUCUUCUCUACGAUGAGCGAGAUCUUGCGGAACGAAUCAAUCUUGAACAACGAUACCACUGACCCUCCGGCUCUCAUCAGCAAUGGGUUCUUUGACACCACCGGCGCCAACGCCGCCGCGACCGGUUUCCAGUUACACACACUCACCCAGCCCGGGCUUACCGAUCCUUUUCCAUUCGAUCAAGUCGAAAAGUCUAACCCUUUCAAGGGAAACCUCGAUAUUGAGAAGACUUCCACGUUCUUAUCAUGCAACGGGAAUGCCGCUCGCUCUGUCAUGCUUCUCCUCACCAUCACAAACAACUGGGCCGGAGCCCAGCCCGUCUCCAUGGCCAACAUCAAGGCCACAGCAGCCCUGGCCCAGACACACGACAUCCCUCUGUUCUUUGACGCCUGCCGGUUUGCGGAAAACGCCAAGUUCAUCCAAGACUUUGAGGAUGGGUAUAGCAACAUGACGGUCCCGCAGGUUGUACGAGAGAUGUUCUCCCACGCUGGCGGCUUCACCAUCUCUCUCAAGAAAGACGGGCUCGCCACCAUGGGCGGGGCGCUCUGCUUCCGCGACGAAGGAAUGUUCUCGAGAAAGUUUGGCGCGGAUGUUGGCAUCCGUCUCAAAGAGAGACAGAUUAUGUGUUACGGCAACGAUUCCUGCGGCGGCAUGAGCGGUCGAGAUGUGAUGGCAGCCGCUGUCGGGCUCUACGAAGUCACCAAAGAGGCAUACCUGGCUGAUCGGAUCGGCCAAGUCAAAAGAUUCGCCGAAGGGCUGAUCCAGGAAGGCAUUCCGGUUCUUCUGCCCCCCGGCGGUCACGCCAUCUUCCUCGACAUGAAUGGCUUCUUCGCCGGAUGCGCAAGGUCCUACGGAGAAUUCGCUUCCGUCGGCUUCACCCUGGAGCUCCUGAAAGACUAUGAGAUCCGAGCGUGCGAAGCCGGCCCGUUCGGUUGGGAGUGGGACAAGAAGGGGGCCAUCGCCCAGGACAGAGACAGUAUCCCAAACUUGGUUCGCUUCGCGGUCCCUCGGUAUGUUAUGUCAGACAGACACAUCGAAUACACUGCGACUGCCAUCUCUGCCUUGCACAAGAGGCGUCACACUAUCCCUGGUGCCAGAAUCACGCGAGGCGAGGAGCUGCGGAUGCGCGUGUUCCAAAGCGGCCUGGAGCCUGUUCCUGUGACAUCCACAGCAGAUGACUCCGCAACCAGUCCGAUGCCUGUUUCCACUUUUCUGAGUGAGGCCAAAAAGGAUGUGAAGAAGCUUCAUGCUACCCUGGAACUGCGUAGAGAAGCAUGGGAACUGAUCGAAGCGGCGCUGGAUAUUUCCAUGCAGGGCUGGGGUAAAUUGACUGUGCUCGAUUUCCCAAGUGGCUGGCGACCGGACGUCUGUCUGAACUUAUGCCCCAUCGAGUAUUCGGUUGCCAUCGAAAGAAACACCGGAAAACCACAGUUGAGGUUCCUGGUUGAGGCGCAGGCUGAUGCUGCGACGCUCGAGGCUCAUCAGAAAAGUGCUCUCCAGCUCACCGCCGACAUCCAAUCCCACUACCCACAGACUGUGUCUCUCGGGCGCCUCAAUGCCGUCAAAGACCUGUUUUUCCCUCCAGCUUCCCAGGUGGAGGGUAUAUUUGCAGCCUGGCACAGCUUUGUCGCUGGACAUGACCAGCGACCAGAGUGGAAGAUUUACCUGAAUCCCAACGCCCGUGGCAAGUUGCAGGCAGCGGCAGUAGUCCGUGAGGCUUUUGAGAGGCUCGGAAUGCCACAGGCAUGGAUUCUUCUUGAAAAGGUCUUGUUGCGGGGUGGCAGGCUUACAUUUCUGGCUUUGGAUCUCUGUCCCGGUCCCCAAGCUCGGGUCAAAGCCUACGUCCAGUAUGACAACGUUGGUGCCGCCGAACUGGCAGAGGCAGCUGCGCUCGUCGCCCCUGAUACUGCAUCUGCUUCGGAAAUUCGAAGGUUCUGCUCAACCUUGAGUGGCGGCUCCGAGGGUCCCUACAAAGGCAAGGCUCCAAUGACCUGUUUCGGUUUCACCGCAAGCGAUCACGGCAAUGGAAUCACGGCGGAGUCUGCGGUAUAUUUCCCGGUCCACGACUAUGCAAACGACGACGCCGAAGUCCGACUUCGGUUGGAAAAAUACUUGAGUGAUACCGGAAGCGGAGAAAGCGGGAUCCAAACGUUGAGAGCCUAUCAAGGGGCAACAGAGGCCGCGGCGAACCGCCCCUUGCAAGAUGGCCGGGGGAUUCACGCGUGGGUAGGUCUGAAGACGACGAGGCACCGGGGAUCUGUGAUCACUUUCUACCUGGCGUCGGAGAUUCUGGUGCACUGCCUGUGA